GAGGUGGCCACCGGAUGCGAUGCUUAUAAAUCCCAGAUGUAACUUGAUUGGCUGCCUGUGAGUCAGCAGCGUCAAGGUCUCACCUCUCGACGCGAGCGGCGCCGCGCUGCGUGGCCGCUCACACGCACCGGCGGAGCAGCCCACGUACGGAAGGAGGCGAACUAUAUUUCAGCACCGGAGCUGUCCGCUGCUCCUUCCAACUGAAGUCUUUAACACCCCCCCCCCCCCCCCCACCUCGACCCCCACCAUCUCGUAUCGCGAAGCUGCUUCUGACCAUAAAUUCUCCUCUCCGCGGUAGGAGACGAAGGAAUAACAAACUGUGCCAUUUAUUCCGCAAAGGCGCGCAGACUUCGUCGUACGAGCCAAAGUCCUGCCAUGCUGCACGGCCCAGUUCAGUGAUCAAGUCCAAAUUCAACGUCAUUAUAUUGCCUUUAACGGAGAAAGCAGACACAGAACCUAGAAGCGCAGAACUGUGAGGCACACACUAACGACAGCCAUGGGUGUGCUCAUGUCAAAGAAGCAGCCGGUGGACAAGGUGCAAAGGUGCACUGCUGUGGUCUCAGCCUUCCAGUCAGGCAUCAAGGACCGCGCAACACUUGUCAAGCAGGCGGCGGGAGACGCUGAGGACGGUGGCGUGCCAGCCAAAACCUCAACUGGCGGUGAGGAGAAGAACACUGAAGAAGGAGAAGCUGGGGAAAUGGAAAGUGGCAGCGGCCUGUCCGCAGCCCAGCCGGCCUCGGUCUCGGUCAACCAGGAGGCCUGGUCCAGGUUACGAGACGGGAAAGGAGUAGAGCCUGAAGAUCUGGAAAAGAGUCAUCAGCUCACACCGCCUGCUUAUGUGCGGCCCAAAAGGAAAGCAGAUGACGAUCAGCCUUUAGAAGUGGAGCUGGCAAAGAAAGAGCAGCCACCAAGUGAUGAGAUGUGUGACGUAUGUGAGGUCUGGACCGCCGACGACCUUUACCCGUGCAGGAUCUGCACUCGAGUCUUCCAUGACGGCUGCCUGAGGGAGUUGGGCUACCUGCGCGCUGAAGCCUUGCAGGAGAUGAGAGACACAGCUCACACAGUUACCGGCUGGAGUUGCUACUAUUGUGAUAAUUUGAACCUACUGCUUACAGAGGAAGAAAUGUACAGCCUUUUGGAGACCUUUAAGCAGUGUAAGAUCAUUCCAGAGUCGUGCCUGGUGUCAGACGAGUUGCUGCAGUACCACCACUUUGUAUCCAAGCAGCAGUUCGAUAAGGACCUGACCGAUGAGCAGGAGGAAGAAGUCCUUGCCCAGUUUGCAACCCUGGACCCUGAGAAGAAGGGUCACAUUGAGUGGUCGGACUUUCUCUACUUUGAAUCAUUGGCAGUUUUGAGAAAGUUUCGCACCGAGAAUUCACUUGUGCGCCUGCUGACUACGAAGGAACGAGACACUGCUCGCUUAGUGUUCCUGGGUCUUGAUUUGGAUGAGGAUGGCUUGAUCACAAGAGCAGAAUGUCGCCAGGCCCAGCAGUCCUGGUUCACCAAGCUCAGCAAAGACUCGCAGUCCUGCAAUGUGAGACUCAUGGGAUUCUGCGCUCCUAUGAAUUGCGGUAUAAGUCAUGUUGGUCCCAUUUGUGAAAGCAGCCCAACCAGCUCCAGCAGUGAACAGAGCAAGACUGAUGACAUUCGGCCAAUCUCAUGGACGGAUUUUCUAAGAGAGAGUUCCAUCUAUAUCUUGGCCGCACGUCCCAAUAGCUCGGCCAUGCACAUCCGUCUUCCCCUAUAGUCCAGGAACCUGCGCCACACCCGGUAGAAAAAGUGAGAGGCGGAGGGAGAGAGGAUGUACCUCAGUGUCUACGGGGUGAUGAGCAAAAUAUGACGACACCGUGAAGAAGGCGGCUGGAUAAAGCAGAAGGGACAGCAGUUGAAGCAUCUGGCCCCCUCAGUGUGAUACUGAAGCCAAAAAAAAAAAACAACAACAACAAGAAGACAAACAACAUGAAUGCUGACUGGUGUGUAUUGAGUGACAGCAGGAGGGAAGGAUGAGGAAGGAAGUCAGUCAGAGAGGUUUUGAAAACCUAGAGUGUUGAAGAAGUAAAAGCACAUAAACUGUUUGCCUGCUCGCGCCUUUUAAAUGACAAACACUAGACUCAAUGGCCCUCCGGCUAGAACUAACCUCUCUGUGCGGGUACAUUACUUUGACAGGCUGUUACUCUUCAAGCAUUAAUUCCUUUGGGCCUCAUUAUGUCUUUAUGAGAGUUUCUUGCUACUGUAAUGGCAUUGUGUUUGCUAUCACGUUGUUAACCACUCUACACAGAGGCAUCAGUUUUUGGCACACUUUCAUUGCGGAUGGGCAUCUGUGAGGACAUGAAACUUGCAGGCAAGAAAACAUCUAUCAAACAGAAAUAUAUGUAAUAGAGCUGCUAUACAAACUAGUCUAAUUUAUUAUAAAUGCAUUACAAGUCUUAUAUUUAUUCAUGUAUCCUCAGAUGUACACUGUUUUAUCUUCACUCUAAUCCAUAUAUAUUUGUUUUUCCAAUUUAUUUGAAUAAGGAUCUGACCCAGUUUGUGACAUGUAUAUAUUGCCAAUAAUUACACUUGUUCUUGUUGUGCUGAGAGCAAUAUUUUGACAAGGUGAUAACAUCUUCCAUGAAUUGUGCCACUAGAGUGCAAGAAGGUGUUGAACAACUGUGACAUAGCCCCAUUGAGACAUUUAUGAUAAUAUGUACUGGGGCUGUUAAUAUGGAAAAUGUGGUAGUGAACCGGGAAAUCCCACAAAUGUUCAACUUUCUCUGAAAGUUUAAAUGCACACAAGAUUGCUAUAACAAUGACUGAGCGAAGAGCAUAACAACUAUAAGAGCUUCAUAUGUGUGUGUACGCCAUGUAAUUAAGUUUUAAAGCUACGUCUGCUUUGUGAGUUAAUUAUGAUUGACAUGAAACAUGAUCGUGUGAGGGAUGUCACAGUGCUAAAAUAAAUGCAUGGCAUUUACUCUCCUGGAA